GCGCAAAUUUGGCUCAAUGCUUUGGGGACCCAGUUGUGAGGUGGAUGAGAGACGCGACCUGCAAAGGGCUUUGUGAAUGGUCCUCGAUGGGAGGAGCUAUUUACAGACGGAAUUAAGGAUCCACCCCCUCAUUGCUUUUACCAAGCAUCUCCAGUUUCGCAAUGGUGGGGAAGCUAGUUUGCAAAAGGUGUUGGGUGGAUCAUAGGUGUGCCUCUGGGAACCUGGACUUUUACAACAACGAGUAAAAAUGAAAGUUAAGGACAAACUUUCUGGAUCUUUGAAGGAUCUGUUUCUCUGUGUGCAUCUGUGAACCUUCAGAAUGUCAAGCAAACGCUGUCACUGUUCUCCACUGGCUGUUCCUCCACUUGAUCAGACAGGCAGAGAAGAUGCCAGUUUUGGAGAGGGAGCAAUCAACCAAUCCUGGGCACAAUAAUGGCUUGCCUAAGCUGCCUGUCCCCGACUUACAGCAAACACUGAAAAUGUAUCUCAAGUGUAUGAAACACCUCGUCCCCGAGGAGAAGUAUAGAAGGACCCAGGCCACUGUGGAGGAGUUUGGAGCGCCCGGAGGAGUGGGAGAGAUGCUUCAACACAAACUACAGCAAAGGAGGGAGAGUCAAGCAAACUGGGUUUAUGACUACUGGAUAGAAGAUAUGUAUUUGAAUAACAGGUUAGCACUUCCAGUGAAUUCAAGUCCUGUUAUGGUCCUGCCAAACCAGAACUUCAACACUGAUGGAGAUGCAAUAAGAUUUGCUGCCCAUCUCAUUUCAGGAGUACUGGAAUAUAAAACACUACUGGAAACACGUGCACUGCCAGUGGACUGUGCCCGUGGUCAGCUGGCUGGGACUCCUCUGUGUAUGGAACAGUACUCUAAACUCUUCUCCUCCUAUCGUCUGCCUGGGCCGAGGAAAGACACCCUCGUGGCCCAGAAGAGCAGUGUGAUGCCUGAGCCGGAGCACAUCAUAGUCGCCUGCAAAAAUCAGUUCUUUGUUCUGGAUGUGGUGAUCAACUUCCGGCGUCUGAAUGAGAAAGAUCUGUACACUCAGUUGGAGAAGAUCAGGAAGAUGGCCGACAGUGAAGAGGAGCAUUUCCCACCUAUUGGCCUUCUCACUUCAGAUGGGCGCACAGAGUGGGCAGAGGCUCGCAACAUCCUCAUUAAAGAUUCUACCAACAGAGACUCCCUGGACAUGAUUGAGAGGUGUUUGUGUCUGGUGUGCUUGAAUGAGCCUAGUGGCUUGCAACUUACUGACACCAAUCGUGCCUUACUGAUGCUCCACGGAGGAGGCAUAGAGAGGCACGGGGGGAACCGGUGGUAUGACAAACCCAUGCAGUUUGACAUAGGGUCAGAUGGCUGCUGUGGCGUUAUAUGUGAACACUCACCUUUUGAGGGGAUUGUCCUCGUCCAGUGCACAGAGUAUCUCUUGAAAUACAUGAGCGGGAGCCCGUCUAAGCUGGUGAGGGCAGCCAGUGUGAGUGAACUACCAGCCCCAAGGCGACUGCGGUGGAAAUGCUCUCCAGAAAUUCAGGCUCUCCUUGCCGCCUCAGCAGACAAAUUACAUCGGCUUGUGAACAAUCUGGACAUGAAUGUUUUUAAGUUUACCAAGUAUGGCAAAGAUUUCAUCAAGAAGCUGAAAAUGAGCCCAGAUGCCUAUAUUCAAGUAGCCCUGCAGUGUACAUACUACAGGUGUCACAGAAGGGCUGUGUCAACUUAUGAAAGUGCUUCCAUCCGUCGCUUUCAAGAGGGACGUGUGGACAACAUUCGUUCAGCCACAUUGGAGGCCUUAGCUUUUGGGAAGGCCAUGACAGACGGACAACCCACAUUCUCAGACGACGAAAAGAUGAAAAUGCUUAAGGAUGCCAUUAAUGCCCAAAUGAAUUACACUAUCUUGGCAAUUACAGGCAUGGCCAUUGACAAUCACCUGUGUGGCCUGAAGGGAAUGGCCAAAGAGCUGAACAUGGACCCGCCUGAAAUCUUCACUGAUGACACUUACACGAUCAGCAAUCAGUUCAUCCUUUCUACAAGCCAGGUCCCUACUACAGUGGAUAUGUUCUGCUGCUAUGGUCCUGUGGCUCCUAACGGCUAUGGCGUAUGUUAUAACCCUCAGUCAGACGCCAUUCUCUUCUGUGUGUCCAGUUUCAAUGACAGUGACCAAACUUGCUCCGACACGUUUGUGAAACAGCUCGAGGAGUGCCUGUUGGAGAUGGGAGGUCUAUGCAGUGAAAACAGUGAAAGUGCUUCAAAUGGAUCAAAUGGAGGAUCUGGUAAAUAGGUCCCUAUGUCUGAAAUGUGUCCUUGAAUCGAAAUAGUAUUGGUGCGGUGAGCUAAACUUAAUAAUAAUAUGAUUUAUUAUUAUUAUUAUUAUUAUUAUUAUUAAUAAUAAUAAUAAUAAUAAUACAAAAAAUAA